CCAACGGGAAAUACUGGAUAGCGGAUGCGGGUUUUGCAAGCUGCAGUACUCUGCUUGUGCCCUACCGCAAUGUCCGGUACCAUCUUCGGGAAUGGGCGGCAGGAAAUAGCAGGCCUCAAAAUAAGGAAGAACUCUUCAAUCUUCGCCAUGCCCAGCUUCGCAACGUGAUCGAAAGGAUCUUUGGGGCUUUGAAGCGCGAAUUCAAGAUGGCAGCUGAGGCAUGCGAGUACCGCAUCCAGGUGCAGUGUCUCAUCCCAUUUGGACUCACGCUUUUGCACAACUUCCUCCGUCGCCACGAACCCGAGCGCUACAACCGUGAGGCCCGUAUUGCACUCCACCGAGAGCCUGCAUUCGAGCCGCAUGGUGAUGCUCCUGAUAUGGAUGGCACGGUAGGAGCCGAAGCGGACACCGAGGAUGAGCAGGCCAACCUACGACGGGAGGAGAUCGCACAGGCAAUGUGGAUGCAGUACCAGGCCACACUUGCUUUGCGGAGGCAGAACCGUCAGGCUCGGGCAACCCAGUAGACACCAAACAUGGAUUAGUACAU